AUAUUGUAAUUUGUUUUGUGUGUAGACGCAUGAUGGAGAUGAUUUUAUUGUUUUUCUAAAAGAAAUUAUUAACAGUAAUGGGUAACGCGGACACGAAAUUAAACUUUAGAAAGGCUGUCGUUCAGCUCACGUCGAAAACGCAGCCAGUCGACGCGUCUGACGAGAGUUUCUGGGAUCAGUUCUGGUCAGAGAGCGUGACUAACGUGCAGGAUGUGUUCGCUUUGGCGCCUGGAGCCGAAAUACGCGCGUUACGUGAGGAGUCUCCGAACAACCUGGCGACACUUGUUUACAAGGCCGUGGAAAAGCUGGUGAAAAUUGUCGACAGCAGCUGUAGAACGCAGCGAGAACAACAGACUGCACUGAACUGCGCACGUCUGUUGACGCGUGUGCUCCCCUACAUGCUGGAGGAGCCAGAAUGGCACAGCUUCUUCUGGUCCUCGCUACCAGCAGCCGCUGAGAAUGAGUCGGUGCCCCUUGCACAGUCACUCAUCAAUGCUAUAUGUGAUCUACUGUUUUGUCCAGACUUUACAGUAGUGAGCACCAAGAGAUCUGGACCAGAGCGUGCAGAGGAGCUAUCGUCUCUAGACAGCUGCGAGUACAUCUGGGCGGGCGGGGUGGGCUUCGCGCGGAGCCCGCCGCGCUGCGCGCAGCACGAGGCCGCGCGGACGGAGCUGCUGAGGCUGCUCCUGACUUGCUUCAGCGAGACCAUCUACAAGCCUGCCAGUCAGGCCGCCACGCAUCACAACAAAUGGAUCGCGUAUCUGACGAGUCCAGAAAACCGCCACGCGUUACCUCUCUUCACAUCCCUGCUGAACACCGUUUGCUCCUACGACCCCGUUGGGCUGGGCUUGCCGUACAACCAUCUGCUCUUCGCCGACACACUGGAACCGCUGGUCGAGGUAGCCCUUCAAGUUCUAAUAGUAACAUUGGAUCACGACACAAGUAAUGCAGUCAAUGAAGAUUCUGACGAGAGGCUUCCAGACAACCUGUUCAUAAACUACCUAUCGCGAAUACACCGCGACGAGGACUUCCAGUUCGCGCUCCGCGGGGUGACGAGGCUCCUCAACAACCCUCUGCAGCAAACCUACUUGCCCAACUCUAGCAAGAAGGUUGCGCUGCAUCAGGAACUGCUGGUCUUGUUCUGGAAAUGUUGCGACUACAAUAAGAAAUUCAUGUACUACGUGCUGAAAAGUAGCGACGUCCUAGAAGUUUUAGUGCCUAUAUUGUAUCAUCUGAACGAUUCACGCGCCGACCAAUCUCGCGUAGGUCUUAUGCACAUCGGCGUUUUCAUUCUACUCCUUCUAUCCGGGGAGCGAAAUUUCGGCGUGCGUCUGAACAAGCCCUAUACGGCCACAGUGCCAAUGGAUAUCCCGGUAUUCACGGGCACCCACGCUGACCUUCUCGUGGUGGUGUUCCAUAAGAUCAUCACUACUGGCCACCAGAGGCUACAGCCUUUGUUUGACUGCCUGCUCACCAUUCUAGUCAAUGUAUCCCCAUACCUAAAGACCUUAUCAAUGGUGUCAUCAACCAAGCUCCUACAUCUACUGGAAGCGUUCAGUACACCGUGGUUCCUGUUCUCACGGCCGCAUCAUCACCACCUCGUGUUUUUCUUACUGGAGAUGUUCAACAACAUGAUACAAUAUCAAUUUGAUGGCAACUCAAAUCUGGUUUACACGAUAAUCCGUAAACGCGCCGUGUUCCACAACCUCGCGAACUUGCCCCACGAGCACGCGGCCAUCGCGCGCUCGCUCGCCGCCGCCAAAGGGAAGGGACUCCACAACCCUACUAAGGCCUUGCCAAGGACCCGCAGCGUGGAGUCGGUGGCCGAAGCCGCGAUGGAAGGCUCGCGGCCCGCGCAGCCGGCCGAGCCCGGCACUCUCAACGCCACUCUACCUGACACUCCAGCUAUAGCAACAAUGACGGAAAGGGAAUCGGCGCACCCCCCCGCGCGGGAGCAGUUGCUGCCCAAACGGUCUGGUGGCGACGGGGAAGACCGCAGCCCCGACAGGCACCGCGACGAUGAUGAUGAUGAGGCCACGCACACUAUUGCACAUAAGGAAAGUAUACGGGUAGGGUCAGAGAGCAGUGUAAUGGGGGAGAGUGCAGACGAGUGGCGGCCUAGCGGCGAGUGGGUGUCAUCGUGGCGCGGCCGACUGCCCCUGCAGACUAUCAUGAGGCUGCUACAGGUGUUGGUGCCACAAGUCGAAAAGAUCUGCAUUGACAAGGGGCUGACGGACGAAUCAGAGAUCCUGCGGUUUCUGCAGCACGGCACGCUGGUGGGUCUGCUGCCGGUGCCGCACCCGAUCCUCAUCCGCAAGUACCAGGCCAACGCAGGCACGGCCGCGUGGUUCCGCACCUACAUGUGGGGAGUCAUCUACAUACGUAACGUGGACCCGCCGAUAUGGUACGACACAGACGUGAAACUGUUCGAGAUCCAGCGAGUAUGAUCAUAGACCACACCGACCUAGGCGACGACUCGGCUGCUACUCUACUUUAUAUCGAAUACACCGCAAUAUCCAAAUAAAUACACUUCUAAUUUUUAAUUAAGUACCAUAAAAAAUUCUGCUUAGAGUGAUACCCUUUCCCCUCCAACUAUGCGUAAAGCUUGUGUUGGGAGUACAUGGGAUGCGUGGAUUUGCCAUGCCAUUUAAUUUGUAAUGUAAACCAAAUAUGCACACAUUCAUACUUUUAAUACAAAGCAAACUUAUAACUUUCGUAAAAUAAAGUUAAAGAAAAGAUUAGCGAUCGCAAAUUCAAAUCAAUAAACCUUUCCUGCCUUAGAAUUAUGGUAUCUAAUUUAAAAUUAGUGGUGUUUAUGAAAUAUACGUAAUACAUAUGAACAUUGAACAUAAUGUAAUAAACCAAACUAAUACAGAGAUAUUUUAUAAGAUCUUGCGACUGAUUGGGUCCUACACGUGGCGUUAAGUAAAAAACGGUGACAUUAAACCUGUGCAGGGGAUGAUUUAUCGAUCUAUUUGAUGAUACGUAGUAAGGCGCGACAGUCGGAGCAUCUAUUCUGCCGCGCAUUAAUUCAUCAAUCAACCUUCCGCUUCAGGCGCUAUAAGAGAACCUAAAGGCUUUCUGUAAUUAACGCCAAGUGAUGACGUCAUCAUAACCGAUGGACGUCCACUGCUGGACUUUAUAUCCUUAUUCUCAUUUACCUUCGAAUACAGCUAUUUUAUUUAGUUUUCAUAAUAAUCAUGUUUUACAAUUUGUUAGCUAAUUACAAUCUUGUGUUAUAAAAAUAGUGAGAAUUAUAACUUUAAUGUUAGUGAGCGUUCUUAGUUCACACCUAACGUAGCGAUUAAUAGGUUACGUCGAUGUACCUGCGCAGAAAUCUUAUUUGAAUGGCGUGAAAAUAUCUCAGCCAAUCAUAGCGUGCGUCCGUCCGCUAUUGGUUGUUGCCUACGCGCCAUGUUUUGUGCCCGCGAAUUAUGAGCGAGAUAGCACGAGUCUGUCGUCAUUGUGUUUAAAAUCUUAACGUCAAGCAAUAAGGUCUGUAUUUCAUUACAUUCUAUUUCUUACUAUACAUUCGGUUUUAGUCGGCGGCUGACAAUACGUUAGGUGUGAACGUGCGCUCAAAAAUAAAAUUCUGAAAACGUGUUUUUACAUUAUUAUUUAAAUUUUAUAUAACAUUUGUAAAUCGUUCUUAUGAUAUGAAACGCUUUUAUGUUUUAAAACGCUUUACAGAUUAUUUCAAUUGACUAUUAGAUUGUUUGUGUUGUUUCUAUUUAAAAAUGUGUUUUAAAUCUAUGUUUAUAAAAUAUAUAAUUUGACAGAAUGAAAAUAUAGAUGUUAAUGCUUACUGACCUAAGAAUUGCAUUUAAUAGAAAAAUUAAAGAUCUCUAUUUUAUUCUUCGUAUAUUAUCGGGUUUGUAAUGAUAAAUAUUCAAAACGCUUUUGCAUUUAUGUAAUAUUCUGAAUUGGAAUCAGGAAAACUUAUACUUGUGGCGCUGUUUUUUUAAUUUACCUAUAGCUCUGGAUUCGGGUCCGUACGUGAUUAUGAAUAACAAUGUUACCAGCGGUAAAAAUAUUCCUUAAAAAUAGGGAUAAUCAUUAUAGCAUUUUGUAUAUGAAAUUCAAUGACAUUUGGACAUUCCAAUAUUGUGUUGUAAUUUUUAUGACAGUGUUUUUAUCUACACUUCAAGGAAUUUCUAAAUAUUUUUUAUAUACAUAUCCAAAAUUGAGGAAACGGCAGGAUUAGUUUCGAUAACUGCAAAAUGUCGCUACUAGAUGGCAUUAACAGUCGCUUCAGUACUGAUUGAACAUACAUAACAUUUCACACUGGCCACAGUGACCCGUGGCCUAGCGGUGAGGGCGUCGGGCGCGAACCCAGAAGGCUCAGGUUCGAAUCCUGCCAGUUCUGCAAUUUUUAAUACGUAUUUAAAAAUUAUUAUGUAAAUAUUGGAAACUCUGUAAAUAUUGAAAAAUUGGCAUACUCUUGAACAAUUUAGGCACUUUAUUAAAUCAUAAUUUACCAUACAUAAUAUUUCGUCUGAGUUAAGUGCACUUCAUAGUAUUUUUAUUGUAAUUCGUAAACCAUUAUUAUGUAGCUAGAUUAAUCUAUUUAUUUUAUGAUAAUAAAGAAUUUAAUUAUUUCACCAAUGUACUUAAUGUUAUAGAAAAAUACAUGGAAACAUGAUGAGCUUGA